GGGGAAAAAUAAAACCGGUAGCAACGUGUAAAACAACGUAAAAUGUUAAGAUUGGUAAAUUUCGACGAGAGAUAUAGGUUAUGAUUAAAGCUGUUCGUUAGGAUUUAUGAAUACUGAAAUUUAAGUUUUAAUUCAUAAUGAUAUAAGACACUUUCACGCGAAUAUUUAGAUUAUUUUUCUUAUAAUUUUUAUCGUAAUAUUACCGAAAAAUAUCUCUUUAAUACCCAUUGAUAGAAUAUUUAGCAUAUGAACAACAAAAUGUCUUCAACAACUGUGUUGUACAAGAGACCUGGAUGGUUUGUUCGUAUGUCUCCUGAGAAACAGGACACUUUGUUGAAAAUGUUGAUACUCUCAAUGGCAGCUGUGCUAUCUUUUUCCUCACGCUUGUUCUCUGUUUUGAGGUUUGAAAGUGUGAUUCAUGAGUUUGAUCCAUAUUUUAACUAUCGUACCACUAGAUAUUUAGCAGAAAAUGGAUUUUAUAGUUUUCACAAUUGGUUUGAUGAUCGUGCAUGGUAUCCAUUAGGAAGAAUUAUUGGUGGUACAAUAUAUCCAGGCUUAAUGAUAACUUCUGCAACAAUUUAUCACGUUCUGCAAUUCUUGCAUAUAACAAUUGAUAUUCGAAAUGUAUGCGUUUUCUUGGCACCUUUAUUCUCCAGUCUGACUACAAUCAUAACCUAUCUUCUUACAAAAGAGCUUAAAGAUGCCAGUUCUGGAUUGGUUGCUGCUGCUAUGAUAUCUGUUGUUCCUGGCUAUAUAUCUCGUUCUGUGGCUGGUUCAUAUGAUAAUGAAGGAAUUGCAAUAUUUUGUAUGUUAUUGACAUACUACAUGUGGAUAAAAGCUGUGAAAACUGGUUCAAUUUACUGGUCAGCAAUGUGUGCUGUGGCAUAUUUUUAUAUGGUCUCUUCAUGGGGUGGUUAUGUAUUUCUAAUUAAUCUUAUACCUCUGCAUGUUCUGGCCUUAAUGAUCACAGGAAGGUUUUCACAUCGUGUAUAUAUUGCCUACAGUACACUGUAUUGCCUAGGAACGUUGCUUUCAAUGCAGAUAUCAUUUGUUGGAUUUCAGCCAGUACAGUCUAGUGAACAUAUGGCGGCUUUAGGUGUUUUUGGGCUAUGUCAGAUCCAUGCUUUUGUGGACUACUUGAGAUCCCGUUUGACAUAUGAGCACUUUGAAGUUCUUUUUCAAGCUGUUGUUUCUCUAUGUUCUUUAAUGUCUUUAGCUGUUGGAGCUGUUUUAACUGUUACUGGGAAAAUUUCUCCAUGGACUGGCAGGUUUUAUUCUCUGUUAGAUCCUUCAUACGCCAAGAAUAAUAUUCCUAUCAUUGCUUCUGUUUCGGAGCAUCAGCCUACUUCUUGGUCAAGUUUUUACUUCGAUCUUCAGUUUCUUGUAUUUAUGUUUCCAGUUGGACUCUAUUAUUGCUUUUCCAAAUUGACAGAUGCUAAUAUAUUUAUAAUUUUAUAUGGAGUCACAAGCAUUUAUUUUGCGGGAGUUAUGGUUCGAUUAAUGCUUGUUUUGGCUCCUGUUAUGUGCAUUUUAUCUGGUAUUGGCGUGUCUUCAAUUCUUACUACAUAUUGCAAACAGUUGGAUUCAACCCAGCAUGAUAAAAAAGCAAAACGUUUUGACAGCAAUUAUUUUAAGAAAAAUGAGGUUUCUUAUGGUUUUAUCAUUGUAAUGUCUUUUUUCCUAACUGUAUAUAUGAUACAUUGUACAUGGGUAACAUCAGAAGCAUACUCAUCUCCAUCAAUUGUUCUCUCUGCUCGCAGUCAUGAUGGUUCUAGAAUCAUAUUUGAUGAUUUUCGGGAAGCCUACUAUUGGUUAAGACAUAACACUCCUGAAGAUGCCAAAGUCAUGUCAUGGUGGGAUUAUGGUUAUCAGAUUACAGCAAUGGCUAAUCGAAGUAUAUUGGUGGACAACAAUACCUGGAAUAAUACUCAUAUAUCUCGAGUUGGACAAGCAAUGGCUUCUUCAGAGGAAAAAGCUUAUGAAAUAAUGAGGGAACUUGACGUGAAUUAUGUUUUAGUUAUCUUUGGCGGUCUUACUGGAUAUUCAUCUGAUGAUAUAAAUAAAUUUUUAUGGAUGGUGAGGAUUGGGGGAAGCACUGAGCGUGGUAAACAUAUCAAAGAGAAUGAUUAUUAUACAUCAUCUGGUGAAUUCCGCAUUGAUAGAGAAGGUUCACCUGUUCUUCUAAAUUGUUUAAUGUACAAAAUGUGCUACUAUAGGUUUGGAUCUGUUUACACAGAAGCAGGCAAACCUCCUGGUUAUGAUCGUGUUCGAAAUGCAGAAAUUGGAAAUAAAGAUUUUGAACUAGAUGUCCUGGAAGAAGCAUAUACAACAGAACACUGGCUAGUUAGAAUAUAUAAAGUAAAAGAUCUGCCUAAUAGAGGUGUGUAACAUGGACAAGUUAAUAGUACAUGUUUUUCAUUUGCGGAUUUUGUACAAUUAUAUGGUGCAAUUUUGUGUAUCGAUCAUUAUUUUAUAAAAAUCAUAUUACUACAAAUUUCAUAAUGUGCAGAAUUUAUAUAUCAUAUGGAAAUAAACUAAGAAUUUGCCAAGAAAGUAUACUAGGAAAAAAAUUAGUUUGGGGCUUUACGGACAAUAAAUUAGUAAUUUAUUUUUUGAAAUAAGUUGUGUGCAUUGAUGCUAAAAGAAUUGACUUAAUGAAGUAUUUGUACCUUAACUACCGUAACUUAUAUUUUGUUAUAAAGUGAAAUCGUUAUCACUGAUGUUAUUUUACUGGGAAAUAUUUGUGUGUUGUUUUCUUCGAUAUUAAAAAAUUGCUAUUAUUAAAUUAAUAUUUGGUGUUUUUUAAUGGAAAUUGGUAUUAAAUGUCUUGUUAAUAAUUUUGGUUAAGUUAUAUAUAUAUAUGUAUGUGUAUGUUAACUCAUGUAAAACAAAAGUAAAAAAAAAAAUAAUUCUGAAUCCAGUUUGCAUAUGUAUAUGCACGCAUAUACCUAUAUGUGCACCUUAUGUGAUUGAAGUUACUUAAUGGAAAAGUUGCGUUUAACACUUUUUUGCCUGUUUUAAAAUUUGUUAUUUUAUCUGUUAAUGAGCUUAUAGAAUUUUUGGUGUGCAAAUUUGUUCAUUUGCAGUAAAAUUUCUCAAUAGAUAGUUUAAUUCCAAUGCUAUAAUAAAAGACUACAUUUUAGUAAAUUUAAUUUUGGAGAGAAGAGUUAAUUAUUAAGUGAAAAAAAUAAUAUUCUAAGUUUAUUUGUGUUUAGAAAAGGCAGAUCGAAGAUGCUACUUAAUUUUUGGCUGUUUUAAAAUCAUUAGUGUUUGCUUAUUUUGAUGCAGUCCAGUCAAGCUUUAUAGGCUAUUAAAUAAUUCUGAAAUUUAACACUAUUAUAUUUACCCUUCUUUACAAUUAAUUCCUUAUUUGUAUAUUUUUGCAUGAAACAAAUAAAAUGAGAUUGAAUGAAGUAAAUCACAAGUAUUUAAUAAAUAAAAUAUCUCCCACUCUUAAUGUUGUGAUAAAUUAUGUGAAGAAAAGGUUAUGCAUCAAUGGAAUAAGCUAUUUUCCUGAUUUAGAAUAACCUAGUGUAGUUGUUUCAAACUCAAAUUGCAUGUGGGCCAAAUGCUCGAUUUGAAAAGAGCUGAUGGACCAUGUUUUUUUAACUAGGUGAAAAUUUCUUUAUUAAAAAAAUAAAAAUAUAAUGAAUAAAUUUUUAAUUAAAAAAAAUUCUUUACAAAAUAGAGAUGUUUCGAGUAAAUUUUAAAUUUAUCUUACUAAAUGUUUAUCGGAACAUACAUAAAAAGUACUAAAUAAUAUUCCACAGGAUAAAUUAAAAUUUUUUUCUCUGUCUGAAAUCUUAAGUUUGGUACCUGGGGGACAGUUUUGUUGGUUGCACUUUGAAUUCAAAUUUAUUGACUGAUAAAUAUUUUCAGACUGACAUUUAAAGUAAUUCUAACAUUUUUAAUUUUUGAAAAGUGCAAAAAAAAUUAAUAAAAUCUGUUAUCAAAUUUCUAAAUAAUAUUUAUAUCACAUGUAUCAUAUUACUUAGCACCGUUUAUAGAUUUUCUGAUGCAUAUUUCAUGUUCAUUUUUAAUGGUAAUGAAAUAUUUUAAACUCAAACUUCAAAUCUUGAAAUCUUUCCAAUACUGUAUUUGCUAUAAGUACAUAAUUUAAAUGUAUUCUUAGAGCUCGAAAAUUGCUUUGGGGGCUACCAGUUUGAGAUUAAUGACUUAGUGUACCUUUUAUGUUAACAUGUUGACUGCUUGCUGUGAGGUAAUUUACUUUAGAGAACUGACUGCAACAUAAUUCAUAAUUGCUGUACUUAGUUUUUUAUGCAGCUGUGACUGUAAUCUUUUUUUAUAAAUAUAACUAAGGAUACAUGGCUUUGGAAAAGAGAAAAAAAAAAAAAAAAAAUAUCAAAGCUGACGUGCCUAAAUAGAAAAUGUGUUCAUAAUCACUGCUUUUGUAACCACCUUCAAUAGUUUACAUUAUAUUCUGACUCAUGUAGUUUAGUAUAAUUCUUAGUUUGUUCGUCAUUCAAUGUUUUUUUCUUAUCCAUGUUUUGGGUUAAUCAUGAAACAGUAUGAAAAAAGAAAUAAAGAUUCUUGAUACAUCGCUGAUGAAUUAAUGCAUAUCACUGAUUCUGCUGUGGGAAAAUAUGUGAAGCUGAAGUGUAUGUGAGUGCAAAUUAACUUGUGAUUGGCUACUGUGAAGAACUGUGUUACAUAUACCAAGUGUGAGAUAACUUUCAAGACCCUUUAUAUUAAAAAGCCAUUACUCCAUUCUGAAUGUUUUUUUAGCUGGAAUUUUUAAUAAUAUGAAUAAAUUAAAUGACCCAAAUCCUGAAAAUUGCUAUGACAGUCAACAUGUUAAAUAGUUCAGUUUUUCAAGUAAUCCUAGGGUGGUAUAACCAAUGACUGAAAGUGAAAGUAAUCUUCAUCAUUUUAUUCACUCUGAGAAUUUAUCUGAAUAAAAAUUCAGUUUACAUUUUUUAUGAAGAAAUCAAGCAGAGUAAAUAUAUAUAUGUAUAUUGUGUAUAUAUAUAAUUAAUUGUGCAUUAGCUGUGUGGCCUAAUCUACUGAAUUGCUUUUAUUUUCCUAUUUCAUGUUUUUUGUUUAGUGCAUACCUGCACACACACAUACAUUCAUGUAUUUGUGUGUAUGUGUAUAUAAAUAUUAUAAGAUAAAAAAUUUCUGACAUAAGAUUGUAGUAACUCCUUUAACUUUUCAUUUUAAUUUGGGUUAUAACCUCUUUUCCUAUUCUAAAAAUAGUAAUUGCUUAUAAUAAACCUCUCUAAGCUGUACCAUUUCUAGAUUAACAGCCGUAUCAUAUGACUUUUACAUAAUGCUGGUGACAUAAAUGGUUUUGUGAACUUAACCAACCAAUAAUAAUCUUAGAACAUUAUUGAUAAACCAAUCAGAAUGAUGUGAAAAUCAAAACUUAACGCGCUCUGAAUUAAGAUUUUUUUCCAAACACAUCACACUUCACUUCUCAACUUAACUAGAGCUGCUUUACUUGUUAUCACAAAGUUAUCGAAAAUGUAAAUGUUUUCAAACAGACAUGAUUAAUGUGCGAAAAUGUUUGUGGCAGCAGUGUUAAACUAAAAUAAAAGGAAUAUUGUUUAAAUCUCGUACAACUACUUCUUAUUGUAUCAUCAUAACUUUCAAGUAAUAAAAGUUUCUUUAUGGAUCACCAUGUAUGUAAUCAACCUCUCCAAAUUGUUAUAUUUGACAAAUUAUAUUGUAAAAAUGAAUUUUGAGAGUUAAAAGUUUUAAAUAUAUGCAUAUAUAUAUUGAAACAUAAAAAAAAAAAAAUUAAAUCCAUUAUGUAUUCAGCCUUGAUUGAUUUUUUUCCCCUUUUCAAUAUUGCCACUAGUUAUUGCAGCAUUCCGCAUAUAAUUGGGUUAGGUUUAGAAUUUGUAUUUUUCAUUAUAUAUCUAUCUUUCUACAUAUAUGUAUGUAUUUUUAAAUCUGAUUUGUAUCUUCCAAUAAAUAUAGAUAUAUAUUUUUAAAAAA